AUUUUUUUCCAACCCAAGCCAGAAAAAGCAACACUUGCAGAAGCAAAACAUGGCGGCCUCUGAGCCAAGUUGCAGAGCAAAGAGAUGGUCUCUCAAGGGCAUGACCGCUUUGGUCACAGGCGGCACUAGAGGCAUUGGAUAUGCCAUCGUAGAAGAACUAGCAGAACUGGGUGCAAUUGUGCAUACAUGUUCUCGCAACCAAACAGAACUCAAUGAUCGCUUGCAAGAAUGGGAGGGAAAGGGAUUCAGAGUGAGUGGUUCAGUUUGCGACCUGACAUCUAGAGCUCAAAGGGAGAAGCUGAUGGAGACCGUGUCCUCUCUUUUUGAGGGCAAGCUCAACAUCCUUGUAAACAAUGCAGCUACAGUUGCCCUGAAAGCAACUACAAACUACACAGCUGAAGAUUGCUCAUCUAUACUCCAAACCAACUUUGAGUCUCCUUACCAUCUGUGUCAACUCGCACACCCCCUCUUGAAAGCAUCAGGAAGAGGGAGUAUCAUAUUCAUCUCCUCUGUAGCUGGCCUGAUAUCCCUACCUCACAUGUCUGUUUAUGCCGCGACCAAAGGAGCGAUUAAUCAAGUUACCAAGAACUUGGCAUGUGAAUGGGCUAAGGACAACAUUCGCACAAACGCAGUUGCACCAUGGACCGUUAGAACCUCCGUCAGACCUAUUUUGGAGCCGGACAACCCUAUGGCAACCGCAUAUCCACAGCUACUCGCUCGAACUCCUCUCCACCGAAUUGCAGAGCCUGAUGAGGUGUCACCACUAGUUGCGUUCCUUUGCCUUCCUGCUGCUUCAUACAUCACUGGCCAAGUUAUUUGUGUUGAUGGUGGAUUUUCAGUCAAUGGUUUCUAGCCCCAAGUUAUUUGCGUUGACCCAUUUCGUGCCUUACCUUUUUUUUUUGUUUUUUUUAUCACCGUUGAUGUAUCCCUUAUCAGUAAUAAUUUUGGUCAUUUCCCGGAAUAAGACCAAAAUUCAAAUCCAUAUCAAUGGGAACUCAUCCUUACAAAAUCUUAAUCCCUUUAUAAAAUGCCGUUAUUAGCCUCA